AUGCCUUCCUCCCGACAGCCAGUCUCGGAUUCUUGCAAUGCAUCCGCGACGACGGGAAGCAAGCCAUUCAUGCUGGAUCCCACAAUUCUAGAGACACACGAGUUCAACUGCAGUCCCAUACACGCAAACGAUGCACCAGCAACGACCAAACGGCAGGUUGGUGGCGUACCAUCGUUCAUUGCAGCCUUACCGAGCCAUCUUGAACCAGCCACCGUUGAAUUUCUUGCCAACAAGGGUGUUUUUGAAGUUCCAUCGAGGGCAGUUGUGAGACAGUGUUUCUCGGUAUAUUGGGACAACAUCCACCCAAUUUUCCCCGUCCUGCAUCCAGGGCGUAUGGCGUUAGCAUCAUCUCCCGCUGCCGUCCCGACUCACAAGCAGAACCCCCGUCCUGGCUUGUUGGAGGUAUAUGCUACCAUCAUGGCUGUUUGUCCCUUUGCGCCCGUGUCUCUUCUGCAGAAGCUUGGACACAAUAACGUCCAAGAUGCCCAGCAGCUUUACUAUGAGCGCGUCAGGCAUCUCCUACAUUGCGAUGUCGAAUCUGAUCCCAUCAGCCGUUUACAGGCCCUCUUACUUAUGACGCAAAGCACCGAGGUAAGAGACGGUGCAAGAGAUUGCUGCUUCUGGUCCGGGACUGCCCUAGCCUAUGCCGAGUCCCUGGACCUCUUGAAAAUGGUGCGUGCUACAACAGAUGGUGAAGACAAGAGAUUUUGGCACCAGUUAUGGUGUUGCUGCCUCGUCAGCGAGACAAUUUUCGCUUUCAGUCGGCGGCGGGCGCCAAAAAUGCGAAUGGAUCUCGAUUGGGAGCAUGUUCUGCCAUCGCCGUUCAACAACCAGAGAUUACCAGUUGCAAGAGUGGAAUCGUCCACAUGCAAUUCCGCCGAUGCUACAGCCCAUCAUUCCAUGGAAUCUUUUGAGAAUCUCGUGCGCUUAAUGGCUCAUGUCCAUUACAUGCUCUCAAUAAAGCACGCCGCUCCAUACCCGUCAAGUCAGCACGAUACCGUCGCACAAGGGAGUGGGACGUGCCCUUCCAUGGCCCUCACGAACCCGGAAGUGGCAAAUUGUCGCAUUCAAUUGCAGAAGAACGCAACGAUAUUAUCUGAGAAGCUCAGACAUUCACCAGAUGAACAUUCCACGUCGAAUGCGGGACAACGUGCAACAUCUGAGGGCCUUUUCUUGCAGAUGAUCAUGGCAGCUGCAGAUUGUGUGUUUUACUUUGACUCGAGUUGCACACUGCGGUGCCGUCAUACAGCAAAUGAGAGAGUGAAUUGCAGGAAGCUUAGAAAAAAGGCAAUUGAGGCUGCUCAUCAAGUUUCUGAACUAGCCAAAGAUGCGUUGGGCUCACAAUGUCUGUCCUUUAUGCCAGCUUGGAGUCUCCAUUUUCUCUUGCCUCCCGUGACAAUCUUAAUCCUUGACGCCAAAUCGUCCAAUGGAGAGGCACGCGACCUAGCGGUGCAAAGAUUGAUAUCUUUGACGGGCCUUCUACGGACGCUCGGAAAGAGAUUUACAGCCGUGCAGCGGGCUGUGACACUGCUAGAAGCUGCUAGCAAGAGUGCUGGCAACCCUCUACAAACACCUGGAAUCCCUCCACGAUAUCUCUUUCCCACUCACCUCGAGUCGCUUGGCUCAGGCAUUGAAGACGCAAACCAUACAGGUCCAGCCAAGGCGAUAGGCGGUGAACAAUUCAGCCCCAACAAUUUUGAAUGGACUCGAGCCAGUGUUUCGACACAACCAGCAGUAACGGAAAGCCCAGUACGAAAGACCGCAGGCCAGGACAUCGAAGGGCUCUCAUCGGGGUAUUUCUUCGAACUUGAGGAGCGCUAUGACGAGAAACUCCACGCCGCCGCUGGUGACGCCGUAUUUGGAAGUUGGUCGUCUUCUUCGUCGUCUGACCCUUACAUUCAGCAGUGUCUCCAGCCGACCUUUAGAGAAUUUACCGCACCUGACGACAUCACAUCACCUUGGCUAGGGGAAUGGGAAGACAUUUUGCAGAGUUAG